AUGGGUCUGUGCGCGCGUCUCGCCCUGUGGCUCCUCUGCGGGCUCCUCCUGCACCACGGCCAGAGCCUCAGCCACAUCCACAGCGAGAAGGCGGCGGCAGCCGGCCCGGCGGCCACUAGUGAGGAGUCCACUGCAGAAGAGUUUUGCCGGAUUGACAAGCCCCUGUGUGACAGUGAGGAUGAGAAGCUCAGCUUUGAUGCAGUCCGCAGCAUCCACAAACUGAUGGAUGAUGAUGCCAACGGUGAUGUGGAUGUGGAAGAAAGUGAUGAGUUCCUGAGGGAAGACCUCAAUUACCAUGACCCAACGGUGAAACACAACACCUUCCAUGGCGAGGAUAAGCUCAUCAGCGUGGAGGACCUAUGGAAGGCAUGGAAGUCCUCAGAAGUGUACAACUGGACCGUGGACGAGGUGGUGCAGUGGCUGAUCACAUAUGUGGAGCUGCCUCAGUAUGAAGAGACCUUCCGGAAGCUGCAGCUCAGUGGCCAUGCCAUGCCAAGGCUUGCUGUAACCAACACCACCAUGACAGGGACUGUGCUAAAGAUGACAGACCGGAGCCAUCGGCAGAAGCUGCAGCUGAAGGCCCUGGACACAGUGCUCUUCGGGCCUCCUCUCUUGACCCGCCAUAAUCACCUCAAGGACUUCAUGCUGGUGGUGUCUAUUGUUAUUGGCGUUGGUGGCUGCUGGUUUGCUUAUAUCCAGAACCGUUACUCCAAGGAGCACAUGAAGAAGAUGAUGAAGGAUCUGGAGGGCUUACAUCGAGCUGAGCAGAGUCUGCAUGACCUUCAGGAAAGGCUGCACAAGGCCCAGGAGGAGCACCGCACAGUGGAGGUGGAGAAGGUCCAUCUGGAGAAGAAGCUGCGAGAUGAGAUCAACAUUGCCAAGCAGGAAGCCCAGCGACUGAAGGAGCUGCGGGAGGGCACUGAAAAUGAGCGGAGUCGCCAAAAAUAUGCUGAGGAGGAGCUGGAGCAGGUUCGGGAGGCCUUGAGAAAAGCAGAGAAGGAGCUAGAGUCACACAGCUCCUGGUACGCUCCAGAUGCCCUUCAGAAGUGGCUGCAGUUGACCCAUGAGGUGGAGGUGCAGUACUACAACAUCAAGAAGCAAAGUGCUGAGAAACAGCUGCUGGUGGCCAAGGAGGGGGCUGAGAAGAUAAAAAAGAAGAGAAACACACUCUUUGGCACCUUCCACGUGGCCCACAGCUCUUCCCUAGAUGAUGUGGAUCACAAAAUCCUAACGGCUAAGCAAGCUCUGAGCGAGGUGACAGCAGCUCUGCGGGAGCGCCUGCACCGCUGGCAGCAGAUUGAAAUCCUCUGCGGCUUCCAGAUUGUCAAUAACCCUGGCAUCCACUCACUGGUGGCUGCUCUCAACAUAGACCCCAACUGGAUGGGCAGCACACGCCACAACCCUGCUCACUUCAUCAUGACUGACGACGUGGAUGACAUGGAUGAGGAGAUUGUGUCACCCUUGUCCAUGCAGUCCCCAAGCCUGCAAAGUAGUGUCCGGCAGCGCCUGACGGAACCACAGCAUGGCCUGGGAUCUCAGAGGGAUUUGACCCAUUCCGAUUCGGAGUCCUCCCUCCAUAUGAGUGACCGCCAGCGAAUGGUCCCCAAGCCUCCUCAGAUGGCCCGUGCUGCAGAUGAGGCUCUCAGUGCCCUGACUUCCAACGGCAGCCACCGGAUGAUCGAGGGGGUCCACCCAGGCUCUGCGAUGGAGAAGCUGCCUGAUAGCCCUGCCCUGGCCAAGAAGGCUCUACUGGCGCUGAACCACGGGCUGGACAAGGCCCACAGCCUGAUGGAGCUGAGCCCCUCAGCCCCACCUGGCGGCUCUCCACCUUUGGAUUCUUUCCAUUCUCACAGCCCCAGUUCCCCAGACCCAGACAUGUCAUCUCCAGUCGGGGACAGCCGAGCCUCACAAGCCAGCCGAAAUACACGAAUUCCCCACCUGGCUGGCAAGAAAGCUGCGGCUGAGGAGGAUAAUGGCUCUAUUGGCGAGGAGGCAGACUCCAGCCCAGGCCGGAAGAAGUUUCCCCUCAAAAUAUUUAAGAAACCUAAGAAGUAG